AUGCUGUGCUUGGCUUUGCUUAGUGGUUUCCGGCAGCUGCCGCGCCCUCCGAACCUUGCAACCAGGGCUGUAGCACCAAGGGUGUCCUUGGCGACGCCGAAUGAGGCGACCUUGAACUGUUUGGUCCUGGUGUCCUAUGAUGGCUCCUUCAGCAAGGGAUCCUGCUACAAUCGUAACGAUCCAGUACAAGCCGGGCAGCCCAACGCUACCGUUGAGGGUCUUCUGGAGGUAGCACUGGAUGCCGUGUUGCCGCAUCCAAACUACAUUUGCUUGGCGAGUCGCACGGACAAAGGCGUCAGCGCACGGAUGAAUUAUGGCGUAGGAGCUUUGGCAGGGCCCAGGGCGUGGAAAAUGGUGACAGGAAUAUACAGGAAUGAGUUUCUCCGAUUUGGACUCCGCCUGUGCGACUUGCGACCACUGCCGCAGAAGUUUCGGGUGCGGUGGCCCUCCAGAGGUAUGGUGUGCGAUGCCAUGACGGAGCGGAAACGCUACGAAUACUUCAUUACACAUGGCGGACGUGCACCCGAAUGUAGCCACGACGGCUCUGAAGAUUGUCAGCCUUGGCAUUUGAAGGAGGUUCUGAAUGUGUCUGCCAUGCAGGAGUCAGCUGGGGCAUUUGUUGGUGAGCAUGACUUUCACACCUUCACCAGCCAACAUGGUUUGCAACGGAAUGCCACCAGACGGAUUUUGCAUGUUGGAGUGGAGAAGGUGGCGGCUGCAACAAAUACUUUGCCGGAGUUGCUGUGUGUCAGCAUCUUGGGAGAGAGCUUCUUGUACCGGAUGGUGCGCUACAUAGUCUUCGCGCUGGUUCUCGCCGGCCGGCACCGUCCCGGCGCCACGGCGGCUGGCUACCGCCGACUGCUGGCGCCAUCCGCUUCGCGGUCCGCGAAGCGGAAGCAGAAGCAGCAGCUCGGGCUGGGCCCUGCACCAGCCCGGGGGCUGCAGCUGGCGGAGGUUUACCUAAGCCGCAGGAUGGACAUGGGGGUUUCCUAA